AUGGACAGUAGCCAUGGAGAGGCACGUCGCAGCCUACGUUCGCCGGCUGUUGAUGUGUUCGUCGGUCCCACGGGCGAUGCGGAUCCCGAGGCGCUCAUCACGGUAGGCGUCCAUCAGCGUAGCAGAAAACAUGAGACGGAAGAGGACGAGCACUUCUGCAUACCCCUGGUUCACUCCAUGCUCACUUCGCAUGCACCGAAGACUGUGCCGUUGUUCGUGACGGCCACCAACAUUCCGUAGUAGAGUUGACGCACUAUAUGCGUAAAUCGUUUAGGACAACCAAACUUCAUGAUUUUCCACAUUCCUUCGUGAGUUGCAUGUCGAAGGCCUUCGUAAAGUCCCCAACGUUGGUGCAGGCGUGAGUCCGCAUCUCCUGACAUUUCUUUUGCAGCUGGCGGGCGGCAAAGAUUAUGAUGGCGGUUGCAUGAUGACGCCGGAAUCAAAACUGACUUUCUGGCAAAAGUCCUUGUCCUAGCUGGCCGUUGAGCCAGUCGAGGACAAUACGGGCGAUGAUCUUCCCGGCGAUUUUGAGCAAAGAGAUCCCUCUGCUUUUGUCAUGUCAAUUUAUUUUCUGCUUGCAGAGGUGAACGACUGCUACGUCCUUGAAAUCCUGAGGAACUCGUUCGCAGCGUCACAUCUCCUGGAAGAGCGUUGUGAGGUAAUCCAUUAGUCGGUGGCCGCCGUGCUCGUAGAUUUCAGUUGGAAUCGCACUAGAGCCUGGUGUUUUCCCAUUAGACAGUUGUUGCACGGCACGGGAGGUUUCUGAAAGGCAGAACAGGGGAUCCAGGUCGCUGUUGAUUUUCACUUGGGGGAGCCGAUAGAUGGCGGCGUCGGAGAUUGUAAAGGGGCGAGUAAGGACGCUUCUGAAAUGCUCGGCCCAGUGCCUCAGAAUUUGCGACUUCUCCGUCAAAAGCACUGAUCCAUCGGAGCUGAGAAGCGGCAUGGCUCCUUUCUUUGGGGGACCGUAGAGCCCCUUGAUCUCAGCGAAGAAGUUCAUCUUUUCAGUGCGGUCGACAUGACUCUGGAUUUCCUAGGCCUUAUGAGCUACUCACGCAUCCUGUGCGCAAGGCAAUGACAUUUGUGGGAGGCCGCAUUGUUUGAAUCUGUCGGCCGGUCGAGUUAGGCUCGAUACGCUCUGUUCUCCCAGUCAAGCAGGUUACUGACGUCGGCGGCGUUGUCGUCGAACCAGUCCUGGUGUUAGCGACACGCAAGGCUGAGGAUGUCCAGGACAGUAAAGUGGAUGGCAUUCCGCUGUUGACACUACCGAGUUUCCAUGAUGGUAUUGUCGUUUUGGACUGGAAGUUUCUCAGGUGCUGGGCGGACUGAGUGCUCAGAUGUAAACGAUGAGUAACCAAAUUCAACAGAACAGUGCCCAACUUACUUGGUGGUCGCUUACCUUGUGGCCUUCCGCAGGGUUGCAGACGGGACCUCAUCUUGGAGAGGACGAGGCGGUGGUCCGUCCAGCCAUCGGCGUUGCAGAUCGCCUUGGUCACCAGCACUUCUUGUCAAUCGCGGUUCCGGACGAAAACAUGGUUCAGCAGCUGCCAGCGCCGCGUUGGGAGGUGCAUCCAGGUAGCUCUCUCCCGCAUCGGCAGGCGAAAGUUCAGCGGGAGGUGGUAUCCCGCGCAGGCUCGCAAGAGAAGGAGGCUGUUGUCGUCGCAGUAGCCGAUCCCGUAAGUACACAGUACUCACCUCCAAGCAGUUCAGUCUAUCCCGUCGCGGACGCCGAGAUCACCAAGGACAUCCAACUUAUCCGCUUUCGACACGCGCCAGGAGGACGUGCAGGUCCUCGAAGAACUGUGUCUUCGCCUCGUCUGAGACGGUCAUUGGUGGGGCCCUGAUGAUGCUGGCGCAUUUAGAUCCCCGAGGAGGCAGGCGUCAUCAGUCAACCUGAGACAAACAGAGCAAUCGUCCCACAAUGCCCUUCCGAAUGGCAAAGGUGACGCCACCGUGGCAUCGCUCUGUCUUUCAGUGUAACCGGCACCGUCUCCUCCGAAUCAGCUUUGUUCGGAGAACGGGAUGUCACUGAGAGCAGCGAUGUCCGCCUUGUAGCGCGCCAAUUCUCGAGCGUCCUUAGUCCCGGCCAACUGUUUAUCAAAUCGUCUAAAAGAGAACGAGCAUGUCAGGUUGCUAGUGUAAGUGAACUCACUCUGGUGGCCUGUGGGGCGUGCCGGGGACUGGGGACGUGGGUUUUAGUUUGUUUAAUUGUUUCGGCCGUGAAUUGUUCAUUUGCGAGUCACGGUCUGCAUGCAGAUGACGUGAUCCCGGCAUUUGCUUAGGGCACCUUUUCCACCCAUUUCCCUUGCGAGCAGGUAAGCAGUGCUGCUCUUAAAUAGGGCUGCUGGGAAAUUCCAGAUCCCUGUCAAAUUUCGAUUUAGUGGGGGAGCGACCCGGGUUAGCCAGGGCCGUCUACGGGCUUGGAUGUCACCCUCUACGUAGGACUUUUUGAAGUGGGAGAAUGAAGAGAGGGAGAUGGGAGAGAGAGGGAGUAUUGGAUGUGAAACAGGGGGUAGUGGGUGUGGGGACACAUAACACCGGAUACUCUCACCUAGUUUACCCUUUCGGUCAAAGGGAUUACGGAGGUGUGGCAGCUAGGCGGAACCUAGCCUCGGGGAGCAAAAUGUGACGGUUGGGUGUCAGUUAAUGGACGCUAUGCGUGGUCAACAUCUGCAAGCAAGUGAAGCGACGUACUACGACCUUCACAUGAACCCAAACUGGACACCCCAGGUCCACUAUAUUGCCACAACACAAACACAGUCUAGUAUCCUACUGAUACCAAUGUGUAAAUGAGAUAGUACCGCCAGAGACAAUCGAGACCGGAAUGUGUUUUCUCCUUUUUAAACAAGACAGGUUGUAGGUUCUAAUUGGUGGAACUCCAGGUUUAUGAAUCUGGCGUUUUAAUUUACCUGCUGAGUUAUUUUUUUUACCGUCAGUUGCACAUAAAACCCUAGGGUUACCCCACAGGUACGCCUUGGCUAUUCGCUCAUUCGGAGACACACUGCUGAUCCCCUCGAUUGUUGAUUGCGUAGAACCGUCUACUUGCAACAUAUGAGUAGAUGCGCAACAUGUCACUAGAAUCGAGAUGUGUGCAUGGAGUACUGCUGAUUCGAGUGAGAGACCUAUAAAUCACUGAAAUUCAAAAAUGAACGCUGACAGUCCUCAGACGCAAUCUGUCACUUAUUUGAUGAAUUUUGUCAACUUUAAUCUAUAGAAAAAAAUUGUCGAAAAUGAAAGUAAUCUGCAUGCCGAAAUAUUAAUGAAUUGCCCAUGACAGGAAUUUACUAAUUAAAGCUUUAGUAUCUCCAAGGUCAGUGGCAUUCAAAUGACAUCCAGUAUCAGCAGCUGCUCUGGGUGAACUCGGGGAAAUUUGGUUUCAAAAUCAAUCGUUAGUUCAUGAGUAAGAGCCCAAACACUUAGACUGUAUACAUGGGGACAUAGUUUACCAGAAUGUUCCGACUUCAGGAAGAAAAAGGCACUUUUCUUUUGGUCUUGGACAUCCUGUCCAUUGUGCACGAAAUCUGUCUCAUUUCGGCAAGGAGCCUAGAUGACAGUAGUAUUGUUGAUAAAAGGAAAAAGUGCUGAAACGACCACUUCUAGAUUGUUUGGAAUCGGCAGAUUCACAUUACCGACAAAGACAAGGGAGACUGAGGUGGGCAUUCCUGACUUAUUAGCCGUCGUCAGCCAGUCAUACCUAAGCCCGAAGUGUGGGACACCUGGGGCUCAACGGUUAAAAGCGUUGGACUUCUAUCUAGCAGGUAGCGGGAUCGAACCCCAGAUGUCCCAUACUUCGGCGUUGGGUAUGACUGGCUGGAAACAGCUAAUAUACCCGUAAUGGCCAUUCCCGUCUUCCUUGUCUUUGCUGGUAAUGCCAUUUUGCCUGCAUCAUGCGUCACUGUGCGGCUGCUGAUUGGACUCGGGAAAGAGGUCUAAGGCAAAAGGGGACGAGUGAGUUUCGUAACACGAUCGGUGAGCGCCCCUCUACCAUUGUUUUUAUCCUCAGUGCCCCGUCUCACAACCUCGGACCAGAACAGAGCCUGAUAAUUGAAACGGUUCUCGGUCAACUGUUGAACAUAAUGUUCAAUCUAUCAAAAAUCAUGUUCUUUAGGCUGUUGAGGCAUCCCUUGAUGGAGGCAAAAAUUGUUUUACUUAAUCAGUCUGCACCGAAAUGUGUCAAAUUUGGAUUAUAAAAAUAUGUGAAUUGAUGAAAAAAUAAACCAAAAUGGUUGAUUGGUUGAAAAAUAAAGCUGGUUACCGCGCCAAUUUUACGAUAAGUCUGGGGGGUAAAGUGCCUUUUAUUCCUUACAGAUGCAAUAGAAUUUAUUAAUUUGCUGAAGUUUGCCACAUCAGUACCUUUUGACCGAGCAUAAGAAGGAACCUAAAAGAGUCGAUGUCUGAUACUCCAACAGGACCUCAAAUGCGGUUAUUUUAAAAAUUUGCGGGUUCGAGAAUUCUGUUUUCAUGCAGUCUAAGAACCACCUAAUCUACUGCGUAGAUAUUUCAACUACUAUGUGUGCUCUAUUAGUAAAAAUUUCCGCUUUUUAAAUCUCAGUGCAUCCGAGGAAAAUUUAAAACUUGGCAAAACUAAGUGUCACAAAAGAAGAGCUACUGACCCUCAUCCGACCUUCUCGGUUGUACUUUCUCCUAAAACAUUUUCGCUUGCUGGGCGUUUAAUGAGGCAUUCGUUCGCGUUCACCUACAACAACGCCAACAAGACAAUCCUCUCAUUUUUCCUAUCCCGAGUGACAAGAAAAGCUGUACUCCCAACGUUACAAUUAAUGCCCUUCGCCUUUUUGAUAUGCCGAAUUAAAAACAGUCCGUUUCUUUAAUUGUUUACUUGCAUGUAAAGUACAGCAACUGAUAGUGCAAAAGGGCUAAUUCACUGACACGAACGGGAAGUACCCCGUCAUUCGCCGCCAAUAUCAUACGUCCGACUUCUGGCUUUCUAAAUCGCCUUUAUGUUAAUCCAAACACAAUAUCUGUUUAAUUAAAUAAACGUCCUGGUCCUUAAUUCGCGGUCGUUGCAUAUGCAAAUAUGCAUUUGUCUUAAUUUGUCUCUAAAAAUACAGUAAAUUUUCUGACGAAUUAAAUGUGUCGAAAUUUACGAGACACUAUUCACUACUACCAAACCGGCAAAAACGUGUGAAAUAAGACUCCGAAUUUAUAAUGGGCGACUUUAAACAAAUUGAAAAAAUAGAAGAAAUAACAGAAGUGAUAUUCCGUUGUUCAUAAAGACCAAUUUAAUUCUUGGAAAGCCAGAAGUCCAACAAAGUUAAAAAUCGUUGUGACUGACUAAGCUGACGUUUAAGACGUAUGGAAAGCCUGUCCACAAAACGGCAUGCAUAGGAUAAUGUUUAACAGUACAGUAGAUGUGCUAACUCAUGAAAUGUCAAUCAAAAUUUCGAAAUGCGUUCUUGUUUCGAAAAGACAAAUUAAGCAGUGUUGUAAAACUAAUCAUGAUGUAGCAUAAAUCUAUAAUUAACCAGUUACCUCAGGGUGUCGGCUUUCGAAAGAACUCAUUUUCGGCUGCAUGCAAGAUCUAUACUCUGCAAAAAACGACUACUUAAGUAGUAUGCAAUUUUCCCCAUUGAUUUUCUAUGCCCUUGAAAAUUCAAUUAUAUUUCAUGGAAAACAUACAUAAAAAUAUUCAUUCCCUUACUUAUUCAGUAGAAAAUCACGUCUUCUUCCAAUUUCAUACUCAAAAGAAGAGUAUAAUUCGGUUUUGCAAAAGAUUCUAAUUGUGAGAUUAUUUAAUGCCGUUAAAUGGCCGUUCAUGAAACGUCAUGUAUUUGCAUUUACGAAUAAGGCUUGUAAAGUUAACAAUAUUGCAUGCAUUUUUCUAUGUUGUUAAGAGGAGACCAUAUGAGGUUCAUAAAAUUAAGCAGUGGAUUUGAGCAAUAUUGUUAACUUUACAAGUCACAUUCGUAAAUGCAGAUACAUGACGUUACAUGAACGGCCAUUUAACGGUAUUAAAAAAUCUCACAAUUAGAAACUUUUUUAAAACCGAAUUAUACUCUUCUUUUGAGUAUGAAAUUGGAAGAAGACGUGAUUUUCUACUGAAUAAGUAAGGGAAUGAAUAUUUUUAUGCAUGUUUUCCAUGAAAUAUAAUUGAAUUUUAAAGGGCAUAGAAAAUCAUUGAUAAAGUUACAUACUACUUCAGUGGUCAUUUUUUGCUGAGUAUAGAUCUUGCAUGCAGCCGAUAGUAAGUUCUUUCGAAAGCCGACACCCUGAGGUAACUGGAUCAUCAUAGAUUUAUGCUGCAUCAUGAUUAGUUUUACAACACUACUUAAUUUGUCUUUUCGAAACGAGAACGCAUUUCGAAAUUCUGGUUGACAUUUCAUGAGUUAGCACAUCUACUGUAGUCCUCUGGGGAAGUUCGUACUUAGAUAUCCUGUUGGAAUUACUGUUAUGUCAAUUUUGGCGGUUUGACAACAACCUAAAGCUUGAGUUUAGAGUCCAAAACGGUUUUACAAGACUUUUUCGCAGUUUUACCGCUUUUACAUUGUACGAGACGCGCUCGACCAGGGCUACCAGGAGUUCGCUUGGUUUCGCCGAUAGGGACGUCAGAAUAAUAAAAGUUUUUGUUAGGUCACACGUUGACAGGCCUGUCAGCGACUAAUGAAUUUAGAGAGAACUGGCAGGUGCAAUCGCAAACAUACCAUUCUGUGCACAUCAGUAGUACAAUUAGUUACGUGCAAUUCCUCUAAGUUCUUGUCUUGUGUUGGAGCACGCUGAGUUUCAGAUUUACCUUAAAAUGUCGGUGAAUACCUCAUGAAAUUCAGUGUUAUCAAUGGAUAGCCCUUAAAGGUGGAUUCUGUUUUAUGUGUUUAUCAAAACUUUCCAAUAAAAAUAUUCCAUGAAAGUAUUUGCGGAAGUAGCGAGUUCGUGGAUAUUCUUAGUAAUGCCGAUGGCCGUUUGGGUUAAACUCAGGAAACGUAAAAACGAAAAUUGAGACAACCGGUACUAAGCGCCUAGAAUACUGCUCAUUUUAUUUAGUCGUCUAACUCGUUCCGGAAAAUGUUCUUUUUGCAUGCAAAGCAUGUUGUCAAGUAAUGUUAUCAGUCAAAAUAUCAACAGAUUUAAGCGAAGAUCUACAUCACCUUGCAUUUGGCUGGUUUCCUAUGCAAAUAGAUGCCCUAUACUAAGUUUACGGAGUCGGGUGUGCUUGUUUAUUAGAGGGAAUUAAUACAAACUCGAGAAUAGUACCAAACUAAACUUGCCGCACUUGGAAAGCGAUUUUUCCCCACGUAAAUCAGAUGGAGCAAGUUGUAAGCAAGAAGUUUACGUUUGGAAAACCAGAUGCUUCAUCUAUUUUGGAAAGUGUAGUUUUUAUUUUGUCCCAAUUGUGUGAAACUCAGUGACCUCGGUGGGGUCCGAACUCAAGACAUCAAGCGUGGGGCUUGAGUGCAGUCAAUACCGUAUCUAUCUGAACUAGGACGUCCCACCGGAGCUGGGACUUUCAGUCAUGUUUGGGUCAAGUUACCCGCCCAGCCUUCUGCAACAUAUGGAAUCCACAAAUUCUGAUACAGUAAGCUGACCGUCCAAGUAAGAUUUACUAUGUAAUCGACCUGGACAUUCCGAAGUUCUUCUUUUCAAACAGAGUGAUCGAGGCUUAGAAUGCUCUGCCUGCAGAUGUCGUCAUGUCCAUCGCCGUCGAGGCUUUUAAGCGAAAGUUGGACCAGUGUACCACUAAAUGGCAUAAUGUCACCUGACCGACACCGUCUUAGCAUUUCGUUCAAAGUUUAUUAUUGUUAUUAUAUUACUGCCUCUAUUUCAGUAACGUUUGUUUUAAUUAUUGUCUCAGAUCCGUUGAAUGUGAGUGCUGGCAUUAAAUUCGUCUCCCUCGGAAACUGAGGAAGCACCAAUUAUUCAUAGUCAGACUACUGUAAGGCACAUUUAGUAACGUUAAUGUUUUUAACACUUAGAACAACUCGUUUAUCUGUCUGGUUUCGAAAACAUUGCCAAUCUGAAAAAAACUUCUGUAGCUGUUUGAUGUAUCCAUUUUAAAAUUUUUGAUAUAAUUCACUUCCUUGUAAUAAAUGGGGCGUUCAAAGUUUCAACACCUCUGUUUCUCACAAAUAAACUGAAACUAGAACCGGGUGUCUAGGGCGUUGGCCGUACUCAAGCCCUGCCAUUGCUGUCGUGAGUCCAAAUCCCACAAAGGGCUCCGAGUCCUUCUUAACUCGGUCUAAACGAAUUACUUAAAAUCUGCUAAAACGCCUAUUAAAAUCAGAUUUGCAAAUGUGUGUGAUUUCAUGCUCCAAAAGCAUAGAAAUAAGGCAUGAGGACAAUCUUCUGUUUAAACGUCUCGAUAUUUUCCUGCUCUUCGCGAAUACUGAGUAACUUAUCGCAGAAAGGCCAUCCACCAAGUUGCUAUAUUAAAUUUUAAGCCUAUGAUAAGAUAUUUCUGUAUAGUCUGUAUAGUCCCAGUUUAUAAAUGGCAAGGGCAAAAAGCUGGCAGUUUUGGAAGUAUCUUCAUAUGUAUACACACGUAUAUGAUCAUCCUGUCGUACAUGUAUAAUUGUUGAUUGGAACACCUAAGUAUGCAAAAAUAUAACGAAAAUUGCUCUAAUGCGAAGAUGAAGGCGAGUUCUUUCGUUCGCAGAAGAAAAACUAUCAGUCAUUUCCAGUGAGGUGAAAAGGCCGAUAAAACGUCAGGAUUUUUGUCGUGACUAUCUGUCAGCGAAAUACCUUGUUAAAGCGCUUUUAAAGAAGAAAGUUACUAGAAAAAGUUUUUUAAUCGAUAUAAGGCAUAUUCAUGGCCGAAUUUGGCUGUGGGCAUUUAUUUUUCUCGUCUAUGAGAUUUCAUGUUGGUGCGCAAACGGUCAUCGACACAGCAAAGAAUAUCUAAACACUCAUUACUUUCGCAAAUGCUUUCACGAAAUAUUUUAUUCAUUUUUGAUAAACAUAUAGCACCUUUUGGGACAAGGAAUUUCUAUUAAUAUGCAUAAAGUGUUCUGUGGUAACUUUUGAAAAUUGACUAAACAUCUAGCUUUCUAAAAAUAACUCCUGUUACAUCUAGAACCAUCAGCAUUACACCGAAAAAAAUCCCUUUCAAAGUGCAGCAAGUUUUGUUUGGAAUAACUCUCGAGUUCUCAUUAACCCCUCUAAUAGAAAACAGGCGCGGAUCCGUAAAGUUGGUAUAGAACCUCUAUUUGCAUAGGAAACUAUCAAAAUGUAAGGCAAUGUGACUUUCCGAUUAAAUUUUUUAGUAUUUUGCCAGACAAAGCUACUCGUAAACAUGAAUCGCAUGCGAAGAAGACAUUUUCCGGAACGAGUUAGGCGAAUAGGCGCCUAAAACGGAUUAUCUAAUUUUUUGUCAUCAAGUUUGAUGAGCUAGGUCACAUACUGUACGCAUGUUAACAAGGAUUCCACUGUCAUCAUUCAUAUCAUUUCUGGCGAAACAGUAUCCUGUCUUCUUGGUUACAUCUUUUCGCUCACAGACGUCGAUGCCAUACUUAACAAUUGAUCACUUGUGGGGCUUGCGUUUUGUUGAUUUGUAAUGAUACCCUCACCAAUCGGGUCAUAGUCCAUGUGGAAAGAAAACAAAAGUGCCUUUGUUAAGCAGCAUCUGUGAGAAUCAGAAAGCCUCUUCAUGGGAACAAACAGAGAAGGUAUGCGACGCGCCGUCUGGAAGUCUUGGAGAACACAUGUAAACGCGGGUUGUUAUUCGCCACGUAGGAGUACUUGUUGACGUUUAAAACGAAGAGAGCUGUUUUCAAAAGCGUGGAAAUCGUUGGGUUUAGUCAUCCGUAAAAUCAGUAUGCAACGGCAAGGAUUUGCAUCCAUCAUCUGUGCACUGAGACUUUCUUUGUAGGGAAAGGAAAAAUUAAUGAACAAAUGCAAAGCAUAUGAAUAGCAAGAUUUCGAGGAUUCGACAAGUCAUAAAAUUUUAAUCUAAUUUUGACAUGAAUACAAAAUUUCCCGAUAUUAAGUUAAUAACCAGACCAGUUGAACAAUCCAUAAAUCUGUAUAUUUAAGAGAAACUUUAAAGAAUAGAGUUUUCAAAAAUAUUCCAAUCCUGUCAUAAUGAAAUCCGAAAACCUUGGAUGCCAGAAUAUGACUUUAAAAGGAUGCUGACGUAAAAAAUGCUAUUUUUCCGCUUCCAGAAUGCUAGAUACAGGGAACGUACCAGUUUAACUGAUUGCUGACCAAAGUCGGCCCUCAGUCGGAUACUACCAAAAUAGAGGAUUUAUUUUCUUAGAGUUACCACAUACAUUAGACUUCGUAUGCGGUGUUAAGUGUGCUUAAAGGUGCCAUGGUAACUGAUCCCUACGAACUAUCCAACGCACUCCAAGAAGUCACUAGACUUGAAAUUACUUUUGAGAUAUAUGUCGUCCUUACAUCUCCCUCAGAAUUCUCUGUUACUUCUGGAUUCUCCGAUUUCUACCUACUCCUUACCAAAUAUUUUCUGAAUAAAGAAGGUUUUAGUUCAUUCAGCGUUGGUUGGAAAGCUCAGUCGACUCUCUAGAAAUUGAGGUGUAACUCAGAGCUCAUUUGUUCGUCUUUGUUUAGUGGUCAUUUGUUAGAUUAUUUCUCAUAAACCACACCCAGCAAAAAACAGGGACGAAGACUCAGUUAAUCGCUGGGAUAUCCUUCUCGACUUAAUGGCCAAUACUAAGCCCUGUGUCGAAUGACAGUAUCUUAUCCUGCCCUAUUAGUAUUUUCUGACAGAAGAUGCGAAUUUUGAAAAGACAAGGAUUCUGUCCGUAACUACCGCAAACACUGCUCGCAGGGAAAUGUUUGCGCUGCGCGAAACUUGACCGCGUAGAUAAUGCCGGCCAUCAGUCUAGCUUAUGUACCUAACUGCAGAUAAACACACCAGACGUCUUCCAGUAUUUAAGCAACAGUAAGUCCUAUUAUGAAAAGUAAAAAAGAUACUACUAUUUCCAAUAGCGUCCAAACCUAGUUGUCAGGGUACACAAAACCAGGUGAAUUGGCAUGUGGUACCAUGCCGGCUUUUGCAUGAGCAUAGUUUCGGACAUUCCUGUAGACUACCCUCCAAAAAACCAAUAUUAUAUUGACGUGCAUUUUCAGACGGGUGUUUGAUGCCUUUAUAAUUUAAUCAAGUUCGCCAUAAAAAUUCCCAAAAUCAAAUUUUCUAUUCAGUCCCUUCUUACAGGAAAUUAUGUCGUCUUCAGAUUUUGUGCCUGACAGAAGUGAGUUUUUAACUUUUCGAUAAACGUGGGCAAUUUCUGCGCAUAAUGGUCUCCUACAGCUCGGUUCACACCAGACCGAUUAAGUGGCUGGCCAAAUCACCUGACGAUACUGCGGAGAACUCCUCAACAGCAGCUUCCUCAACAUCUGUUUCCCUUCCUUCUGGUUUCUCUUUUUAAGAUGUUCACUGACAUUCAGUGCUCAUUUUCCUCGCUAAAUGUCUAACUGAAAUAUCACACGUGAGCUUGUGAACUUAUGCAAGCAAGAUUUUUCCCGUCGACUGACACUCAGUGAUGAGUAAAGACAGGAUUUCUGUUUUUUCCACUAGGGUCACUCUGCCGGAUAUUGUUAAGUGCUUAAUGAUACCUUGAUUGGGUUUGAGUGAGCAGCGUGAGUAAAGGACCAGCGCGACUGACGUAAAAUUGGGCCACACAUCGACCAGGUGAUUAUUAAUCGGUGCCAAAACCAUGUCUUUGCCAAUUCUCCUUCCCCACCCCUAAAGUGCCUGCCGCCGGCUAAUCGUAUCUGCCUAGCAGUCACCGACAGUCCCACUGGAUUUCGGGUCAUUACGGCCGACUGCAUCUCGCUGACAUGGCUGUUUAACGUCGUGACCUGCCUUGUAAUCCACAGGACUACGCAGACCAGUCGAAUGGACUUCCGACGAGUGGACAGUGUGCUUGCUUGUUCAAGUUUACGAACUAUCUGCAUCAGACGACAUUUCUUUGAGUGUGCUCGGCACCCCGGCUACUUGAAUAAUCAGUCAGAGACUGGCAUACCAAUGUGCAUGCCCUAACUGCGGAUUUUUUCCCACGACUAUACAUAUGUUUUGUCCCACGCUUCGAGGGAAAGCGUUUUCUGUUUCCGAAAACAUGGUUACAGAUUCCAGUCAAUGCUUCAUGACUUCCGGUGAAUACUGUGCACGUGACUACUCACGUGCGUGUAUGUGUACGCGCCUUUCCUUAAUUUAGUUUUGAGUAAGUUGUUGUUAGUUGGUUAGAUUGCAGUUGGUAGCCAGGCCCCGUAUUACAGGUGGCUAGGGGAUUUGUUUGCUGGGGCUAUUUUGUGGGGUUCCAUAAUCACAUCUGAUCCAUUUGGCUUCCCUUUUACGUUUGAGGUUAGGAUUAGAGUACCGGUUAGUGGUUUUCGAUUUUCGGGUUAGGGUUAUGCAUUUAGACUUAGGUUUUCAGGUUACGAUUAGGGUUUGAGCGUACGAUUAGGUUUCAGUAUUACGGUUAGGUUUUCCAGUUACGACUAUGACUAGGGGCUACGGUUACAUUUACGAUUUCGGUUAGGCUUAGGGGUAAAGUUGCCGUUAGGGUUAACCGUUGACGUUUAAGUUUGAAGUUAGGGUUAAGGUUAGGAUUAGGGCUAAGGUCGCCACCCGCUUCCCCAUUCCUGGCCACCAACUGCAAUCUAGCCCUUUAGUUAAGCGACUGGCGUAUGGAUUGAGUAAAACGACAAAGCAAACUAGCAUGAAGUCAUCACUCAAGAAAAAUCGAUUAAGUUGCCUGUCAGCCAUGAAGUCCGUAGCUUUCUGGGCGAACUUUUGGUUCGCGCUCGAGCUAGCCAAGUAGAACUCUCUGUUUAAACUGAGCAGGUCAUGCACAAGAAUAGCAAAAAUCGGACCUUACCACUUGUACGAUCUGAACGGGGAGGUUAACUAAUUCCUGAAAAACUUAAACCUACACUUUCAUGUGUCGCAGGGAAGAAAAAGCGUCCACCAGGGGCGAAAUUUAUUUUUAUACAGAGUCGCAUAACAGGCUGAGAAAGAGAGUACAGAAUUUGGCCCCUUGAGAAUUUCCUCGCGGUGUCGGUAUUUUCUCAAGUGAACAGAAUACUCGCAUGCAAAUUUAUUCCGCAAUCUUUUCUCCAUUUCAGCUAAACUAGGCGGAACCUGUUCCCCGACGUAAUUCACAAAAUGAUAAGUUAUACAUGUUGAGGAUUCUGAAGCCUAGUGAAACUAUUAGUGUGGUUCGAGUUCAGUGUACGAAGUUGGGCGUUUACGGAUUAAAGACAAUUGACUGAAGAAAGAGUUCGAUUCAUAACGCUUAGCGGACCCUAUUCGACGCUUCGUUUCGGCGAAGAAAGAUAAUCACUAGCUUACUCUUGAGACAACGAUUCGAUUCAGACGUUGGACAAGGUCGAAAUGCCGAAGAUUUAGGUUCAACAUCCGCUCUGAGGCAAAUGAUGUUUCGGCUUCUUGAAAGUCAUCGAUACUCCACAGAUGUAAAGAGUGAGAAGGAGACUUCUUGUUUCCUGAAAUAACUUGUUUAAUAUUUUAUCCGGCCCAUUUGUGAAAAACUCGGUGACCUUGGUGCCAUUCGAGCUCACGGCAAUAAGAGCAUGAGUUAAGUACACCUAACGCUCUAACUUCCUCAAAUGAAAGGUAUGAAAAGAGUAAUUAAUCAUUUACUCUUCGAUUUGCUGACUGAAGUACACUUAUAGUCUAUUUCGGGGUAUUUAAAUACCGUUCUUUAAUGAUUUGACUGAAUUCAUCGAGAUCCGUUAUAACUUGCCAACGUGGACUAUUUCGAUCCUUAAUAUUGUUUUUUCAAUUCAUCGAAUUUAGCAAACAAAAUUAAUUCUGCAAUACUUCACAGGGCAUGAUCUGGCUCAGAUAUUCGUAUCAACUUUCUCUGAACCUGCGAAGGACGAGCCAAUAACUUUAUCCCAAUUUCACAUAUUCAUUUCCGAGGAAACAAAAAUAUUCGGCAUUAAACAAUUUGAGUACUUGCAUGUAAGAAACGCUGAGAGAUCCACAGGUGAGCAAAUUCCUACUUGGUUUGCGUGCUGCGGUCACAGUAAGUCGGCAAAAAGUGAUAAAACGAUGCUAGAAUUUGUGGUGAAAGCAGCUGGAAAGCAAUAAGAAGGUAAAAGCCCACUCCCGCAUAUUCCGAGCUAUUUGUCAGACGCGACAUCUAUCCAUUUAUGACAUAAGGCCGUAAAAAUGCACUUUUAUUUGUUCGUUUGUGACGAAACGAUAGAAGGCUUUCGUUUCCCCUCGAAAUAUCAUAUCGGAUUGCCUUGAAUGAGGUGAAACCGAGUUAAAAAGUGGUGUGUGGAUGAACUUAUGUCAUGGCAUUCCGGACUAUAUUUUGCAACAUAUAAUUAAUAUCAAACAAGAUAAGGAUUGUUUCCCAAAGGUCCCCGUGAAUUCAUAUUGGCCCAACUGUGAAAAACCCGGCGCCUCGGUGGGAUUCAAAUCCACGAAAGUAAGGUGAAGGCUUUAGUAUAGUCAACGCUCUAACCAUCUGAGCUACGAGGCCCGCUGGACGACGCAUGCUGGGCAUCUUGGUACCCAGAUGUAAGGUUUUGAAAACACGCCUACGUGUGGCAAUGAGGGUUAAAAGAAUUGAUGGUGUCUGUUGCCUUUUGCGAUUUUGAGGGGUCCAGUUUGGAGUCCAAUUGAUGUUCGUAGGAACUCGCCCACUUGCAUGUGGGUGUUAACCUCGCAUAGCGUCCAUCAACAGGCACCCGACUCUCACAUGUGGCUUCCCAAGACUAGGCACCGUCUGGCGGCCACACCCCGGUAAUCGCCUCGACCAGCGGGUUUAGCCAUGUGAGGGUAUCCGUGCUUGCAUCUCCUCGCACGCUAACUCUGCUCUCUUCCCCUUCCACUCUACCCUUCUCUUCCGCCCCUCCCCACUCCAACUCCCAUCAUUCCAGCCCCCAUGCAACGCACCAUAUCCUUCUUUUCCCCUGUCUACUCAGUACUCUGCUCUCAUUCUCCACGGUCGCAAAUUCCUACGGUGAGGACGACAUGCAAGCACGCAGGCGGACCAGGCCAAUCGGGCCUUUUCCUUACCAAACCAAUGCGUAAACUACAGUGGAGAGCGUCCACCGUUUGGUACGACAAAGCAGCUCACUUUAGGGAAAGCACUCCUUACUCCUGCCAGGUGGAGCACUAUCAACAAAGCUGGCUUCACGAAAUUUGCGCGCAGACUAUGGCACGCAGGCUUCAAUAGCUGCAGUCGGAAAAACAAACUAGAAACAACAACCUCUCUCUUCCCUCCUCCUCCUCCUCCUCCUCCUCCUCCUCCUCCUCGCCUUCGCACCAUCCCACAGGCUGUUAAGUUGCGUCCGCUCACCCUGACAGCCUGGAAUGUUCGUUCUCUUUUAGACAAUCCGAGGAACAACCGACCGGAACGGAGGACAGCGCUAGUGACCCGAGAACUGGCGCACUACAAGCUGGACAUCGCCGCACUUAGCGAGACCCGAUUUUCCGAAGAAGGCCAACUGGAGGAGGCGAGUGCAGGCUGCACCUUCUUCUGGAACGGUCACUUCAAGGCAGAGCGACGGGACGCGGUCGACGUCUUUGCCAUCCAGAACGACGUCGGUGGACGACUGCCCUAUCUGCCACAAGGCAUCAACGAUCGCCUGAUGAGCCACCGCCUGCCUAUCUGGGGAGGCAAAUGCGCCACCAGGUCUGACGCAGCAGGGAACCAAUUUUACGAGGACCUGAACGCACUCCUGGCGUCUGCGCCGAAGGUGGAUAAGUUGAAUGUCCUUGACGACUUCGAUACCUGCGUCAGCAUAGACCAUGCUGCCCGGAGAGGAAUGUUGGGUUCCCAUGGUCUCGACGCCUUCAAUGACAAUGGCCUGCUCCUCCUGCGAAUCUUUGCAGAACAUCGGCUCAUCAUGAACAACAUUUUUUUUCUGCCAUCCGAUACGGAAGGUGAUCUGGAUGCACCCUCGGUCACGACACCGCACCUGCUGGACUAUUUCCUUGUCCAGGGGCGAGACCAGAAGGACGUGCUGGUGACAGAGGCGAUCCCGGGUGCUGACGAGUGGACUGACAAUCGCCUGGUUAUCUCGAAGAUGCGAUGCAGGAUUUCAAAGACGCCACGAUCGUGCAUUUAUACAAGCGGAAAGGAAACUGCCAGCUCUUUGGUCGCAUCCUCCUCAACCGCCUGAAUAAUCACCUGGAACAAAGUCUUCUGCCGGAAAGCCAGUGUGGCUUCCCCCGUCAACGUGGGACCACGGACACGAUCUUAUCCGUCUGCUAACUUCAGGAGAAGCGCCAAGAGAUGCGGACUUACUUGUACUCAACCUUUGGGAAUCUGACGAAAGUUUUCGACACGGUGAAUCAUGAAGGACUGUCGGAAAUCAUGCAGAAGUUCGGCCGUUCAGACCAAUUCACUCAGAUGGUGUGUCAGCUCCACGACGGCAUGAUGGCGCUCGUCACGGACAACGGAGCUGUCUCAGAGGCAUGUGCAGUGACCAACGGAGUGAAGCAGGGAUGCGUCCUGGCGCCCACCCUUUUCAGUCUUAUGUUAUCUGCCGUGCUGCUAGACGUCCACCGUGACGAACGCCCGGGGAUUCGCAUCGUCUACAGGACGGACGGCCACCUCCUCAAUCAACGGCGGAUGUAUCCACAACCACCGUCCACGAACCUCUCUUCGCCGACGACUGGGCUCUCAAUGCAACUACUAAAGAAGACAUGCGAAGGAGCAUGGGCCUCUUCUUUGCCGCCUGCGAGAACUCCGGCCUGAUCAUCAACAUCGAGAAGACGGUGGUCAUGCAUCAACCGCCGCCUAACACAGCCCCUCCACACAAUGCGCCGCAGAUUAGCGUGAACGGACCUCAACUGCAAGUGGUGGAAAACUUCUCGUACCUGGGUAGCAUCCUCUCCCGCAGUACCAAAAUCAAUGACGAAAUCGCCCGAAGGAUUUCAAAAGCCAGUCAAGCCUUCGGAAGCCUUUAA